AUGGCCAACCCCCGCAUUGAAGAGCUCCCCGACGAGCCCGAGAAGAAGAACGUCCAGAUCGAGGAGGAUGAGUCCAGCGACGAGUCUGAGAACGAGGAGGGCGAGGUCAACGUGCCCGCGGGCUCUUCCGUCGCCGUCCACUCCCGCAACGAGAAGAAGGCUCGCAAGGCCAUUGCCAAGCUCGGCCUGAAGCACAUCGACGGCAUCACACGCGUCACCCUCCGCCGACCGAAGAACGUUCUGUUUGUUAUCAACCAGCCGGACGUCUACAAGUCGCCCUCAAGCAACACCUGGAUCAUCUUCGGUGAGGCCAAGAUCGAGGACUUGAACGCCCAGGCCCAGGCCUCCGCCGCCCAGCAGCUCGCUCAGGGCGAGUCCGCGCCCCACGACCACGCCGGUCAUGACCACGGCGACGACUCCGGCAAGGGCAAGGCCAAGGCUGUCGAGGACAAGAAGGACGAGGAGGAAGAGGAGGACGACGAUGAGGAGAUCGACGACUCUGGUCUUGAGGCCAAGGACAUCGAGCUCGUCAUGCAGCAGGCCAGCGUCUCGCGGAAGAAGGCCGUCAAGGCCCUCAAGGAGAACGACAACGACAUCGUAAACUCCAUCAUGGCGCUGAGCAUAUAG